AUGGCCGCACGCGACACGCCCGAGCGCGCGGUGCCGGAAACCAUCGACCUCGAGCAUGGGACCAAACGCGACCCUUCCCGCGACCGCGUCGCACCGAAUAGUCAGAACUUAGAAGUCGUCGCACCGCACCGCCAGGCCAGUCAUACCCCGCAAUGGAGGAAAAGGUUCAGCGCACGCACGCCGGCGCCCGUCGCUCGCUGGAGCCGCAAGGUUGUCGACUGGGUCAAAGGGCCGAAGCCGCCGGGCAGAUAUACGAUUACGCCUUUUCUUGAGCGCUGGCAGACGCUGCCUGUGCGUCUGCUCGCGCGGCUGCCAGAAUGGAUGCGCAUCUGCGUGUAUGCGGCGACAUGCAUCGUGUGGAUCGUUGUCUUCGCGGUAAUCAUCAGUGACGGCGGGCUUCCGUCUGACAUUGGAGGGUUCGGGGCGCCUGUCAAGCUGUCGUGUGUCAACAACCUGUGGCCUUCUCCAGAGAGCUGCGGACCCGACGGCCGCAACUGCUUCCCCUUCUCCAACGCCUCGUUCGCCUUCGUCUGCCCCGCCGGUUGCUCGAGCGCCCAAGUCCUGAACCCUCGCGCAAUCGGUCCGCAGGUUAUAAACUAUCGAUCCCUGGUGGUUGGCGGCACGCCGGAUGCCCAGGACGAUGGGCUUGUGUAUCGCGGGGACUCGUUCAUAUGCUCAGCGGCCAUCCACGCUGGAGUAAUCAGCGAUGGCAGCGGCGGUUGCGGUGUUCUCUCGUUGGUGGGAGAGCGCGACAGCUUCGGCGCUGUGACACAACAUGGCAUCAGCAGCAUUGGCUUCGACUCGCACUUUCCAAUGUCCUUUACCUUUGGCGAGGCUUCGGCCAAAUGCGAAGACCCGCGCUGGAAUCUGCUGAUCCUCUCGACUAUCUUCACUGCUCUGUUCGGCAUCUUCACCACGAGCCCUGCGACGUUCUUUGCCCCCGUCUUUACGAUUCUGUUCUUCCAGACCGGCAUGGCAUCAGACCCGCCCUCGUACUCAAACUACGCUUCCUUGGCCUCUACAACACUUGGCCGCUUCUUGCCUGCGGCGUUGGCUGCUGCCCUCUUCUAUCAGUUCAGUGUUCGCAAGUCUCUGCGUAAUUGCAGGGCGCAAAUCGAAAAGACCAUACUCUGGGUAGGCGGUGCCUGGGUUGGCGCACUGGGUAAUUAUACAUUUGAGCGUAUACCCAUACAGCGGCUUACAGGAAACGAUAUCCGACAACAGCCCGGUGCUAUCACAGCAUUAGUGAUUAUCGUGCUGAUUUUGUUUGCCGUCGUUUUGUACCAAGCAUGGUGUUUCCGUAAGGAAGGGCGACUGCCACGCUAUCUUGCACUAUACGCUACAUUAGGCCUGGGGCUGGGUAUCCUUGCAGCUAUGCCGAAGCUUACACUUAGGAUACACCACUACAUAAUCGCUCUCCUACUCCUUCCAGGUACUGCGCUGCAGACACGCGUGAGCUUGCUGUGUCAAGGCCUGCUCGUUGGACUCUUCGUCAACGGUAUUGCACGAUGGGAUUUCGACUCUAUACUGCAGACAGCAGCGGCGCUGAGAGGGGAUGGCCAGCUCGGAUCUGGUAUCCCAGCUAUUCUGGAGCCAAUCGUGAAUGGUUCGAGCAUCACAUUCGCAUGGGAGAGUCUACUCCGCGGAUAUCAAGGCGUCAGCGUGGUGGUCAACGAUGUGGAAAGGCACCGGGGCUCUGGUGGAAGCGACACAGGAAACUACACCUGGAGUCGUUCGGAUGACGGGAAAGAUGAGUACUUCAGGUUUGGCUUCAUCAGUUAUCAACUGUUUGGCAACGUAGCAUAUAGCGACUUUACGAGAGCGGGUACGUGGUUCUCGAAUGGGACCUGGUCUGGAAUCCCGCCAGGCCGUACAUGA